AUGUUUGAGCGAGAUAGCGAAGAGUCUGCACAGCACACAACAUUGCCCUUGGAGGAUGGGGCAAUUCCUGAAGUCAGGGAUCCUGCCGAUGGUUUGGAGCCACCACACCCCUCCCACGCCAGACUGGCAAGGUCAGCAGCAGAAGCUCUUGCACAGGCGGCCUCAACAACCACAGGGCACGAAGAGGAGCAGACCUCUGAGCAACAGCCAUUCGCAACAGCGAAAAGAGCUUCACAGGAAUCUGCUGGCAGCCACAACGAUGAGGCACAGGCAGCCUCUCUGCGGCGUCAGCAAGCAGCCCCGGCUGCAAACGUUCCAUCCCGCGAGCAAGCAGAGUAUGGGUUGAGGUCCCAUCUGGAAGCCUUUGAGGCUGGCAGCACCGCUGCACCUGUGUUUUCAAGUCAAUUGAGCCAGGACAUUGAAAUAAGCAAUUGGAGGAAUCCUGCAGCAGAUGAUGUGGUCCCGGACUUUGCAGAGCUCGACUUGUAG